AUGGAGGACACAACAAAUAAGAAAGCCGAGUAUCACGAGAAAUUUGUAUCCGAACUCCUCAAUAGUGUGGCUCGUCCAUUCAGAGAGCUGGAAAUCGAUGAAAUCGAGUGCCCCGCUUUGAAGACAGUUCUUCUCUUGACUCCUUCAUUCUCCAAACGUGCAGUAUACGCUGGUCAGGAAGGAAACGUGGCAUCGGUUCACACUCAGUGUAUGGAAGAACUCAUGGAGCAUUCUCUGAACAAGUUCCCGGAGUGA